AUUCAAGUAGGUAGGUAGGUAUCUAGUACAUACCUCGUGGCGCUUCCAUGUGCAAUAUCAUUCGCAGUCUGACGCUGUGCCGCAACCCCAUGAUAUAGGAUUAUAGGGCAGCAUGGAACAAUCUCCCGCCCCCCUUCCUUCACGCGUGGGACCUGAAUCUUCUCGUUUCCCCGUCAGAUGCGGUUCUCUCGCACCUCUUGUCAUCACGUCGCGCGUACCUAUAGAGUGACGGAAGGUCACCGUGGCAUUGGCAGGGAGGAAUCGAUCAGGUCGUUUGACAGAGACGGGCCUGGGGUUUCGACCAGUGUCUACAUUCAUUCGUUCGUUCAUUCAUUCAUUCAUUCUUCAUUCAUACAUUCGUUGGUAAUACGUGCCUGAACCUUUGACUUCUCACUCUCACCGUUCCUUGCAUUUGGAUUUCAGCCAGACCCCUAUCCUUCCGUUCGAGGGCAACCUUAGAGAAAACAUGGCGUGCUGUGGAACAACCACGUCGUAUGAUAUCGACAAACUACCCACGUUCCCGUCGACAUGGACCGCCCCAACAUCAUGUUUCGCCACGACGAAUUACUAUCGCGUGUUUCUGAGUAGGGGCAUUUUCAGCAAUUUGUAUGGGACGCCUACGCCCGUCUUGACUGGAAUCUGGCCCACGGGAGAUUGCUUCCCGCCCUCCUCAACGCCUAUGGUCCCCUAUGUGACAGAUGGCGGCUGUCCGGCCGGUUACACACGGGCUUGCGCAACCGCCGGGCCUGAUUACAAAGGGAAGCCAGCUAGCACAGUGACCUGCUGUCCGAGCGUCACCAACAAUGUUUUUUCGUUCAUGUGCAGAGAUCACCAGUACGGCUGCCAUGCGACCGCAACCUUGGGGGGAGCGUGGACAGGCACCGAGACCAAUCUCGCAAUCAGUCCGCCCACCGAGAAGCCAAUCACACUCACGCAGCCCAACACGAAAGAAGGUGUCGAGGCGUGGGGUAUCAAGCUGAUUUCUACGGCCCCGGAUUUACCCAGUACCACUAUGACUAUCUCCGACACGACGACCAGCGACACAAAAACAACGCAAGUGCAGUCAGUCAACGCGGUCGAUCAGUUCUCAUCCUCCUCUUUCUCAUCAUCAUCCUCCUCCUCCUCCCACCCAGCCGACCUGGGAUCACUCGGCAGUGGCAACAACAGCGACAACACCAGCAGCAGCAGCAGCGGUAGCGGCCUCGAAACCGGCGUGCUAGUGGGGAUAGUGGUGGGGUGUGUGGCGGCGACGGCGCUUCUCGCGCUGGCCGCGUUCCUGCUCUACCGGCGCCAGCUCAACAAGAGGUACACGGCCGAGGCGGCGGCGGCGGCGAUAGCGGCGGCUGCCGCGUCGCCGUCGGUGGACAAGGACAAAGUUAUGUACCAGCUUGAUGACCAGCCCACCGCCCACAUGCUGUACUCCGCCGGCCCGGGCGGGGGGCCGGAGGGUCCUGCUCGGAACGGGGUGUGGGAGAUGCAAGGCUGAGCGCACAUGUGUCUGGUAGCACCUGCAUGAAUUCCUGAAAUUGGUUUUGAAUUUUGAAAGGCGCGGGAAGGAGUUGGGUCUCAUUUGGUUGGAAUGGAGAGGGUUCUUGGCGCUAAGUUAGGUAGAUGGUCCUGUACAUUACCUGUAGGUAGGAUAGGGUUCCUGCAGCGUUGGUGCAGUUUGGAGUAUAUACCAUUGUAAGUAGGGUUGUGGAACACCGUCAGACAUGGAACGGGGCCCACUUUACCAGGCAUCGAUUGGUUGCUCAGGAAACUCUGUGGGUCGUUUGGCUGGGGGUGUUUCAAUUCUGACGGUGUUCCAUAACCCUACUUACAAUGGUACGACUUGUAGAUAAUGAUGGAAUGAUGUAUCUUUGCGACUUCGAAUGGGAGGUCUAAGUUUUC